UGUGUUGAGGAAAAGGACUUGGGCGUUGUGAACAAGGCGUUAAGUGCUACAGAGGACACUCUCUCCGGACCUUUAUUAACCCAGCGUGCCGGUGUGUUUCCCCCCCGUCUCUGCUCCCUGUCUUUGAGAAACUUGGGUGAUAAACCCCCCCAGCACGAAGAUGCCCUCACUUCUGGGCCCCUUUGUCCGCUGCGGGUUCAGCGCCGCGCUCCUUGUGCUCGGGCUCGUCUUCGCUGGCUUCACCUGCACUGGUUCCGAGCACGCCACAGCAACACUUCCUGCCGCCUUCACGGACCUGUUACCUCACUUCCUGGUGGAGCCGGAGGACGAGUUUAUCGUGAAGAACAAGCCGGUGACGCUGACCUGCCGCUCCACCCCGGCCACGCAGAUCUACUUCAAGUGCAACGGCGAGUGGGUUCACCAGGACGACCACUUGAUUGAGCGGACCAUUGACCCGGCCACAGCGCUGCCAAUCAUGCAGGUGACAAUUGACAUUACCAGACAGCAGGUGGAGAAGAUCUUUGGUCUGGAUGAGUACUGGUGCCAGUGUGUCGCCUGGAGCACCACCGGAACCCAGAAGAGCCAAAAAGCAUACAUCAGGAUUGCUUACCUGAGAAAGAACUUUGAGGAGGAGCCGCAGGGUAAAGAGGUAGCAUUGGACCAGGAGGUGUUACUGCGCUGCCAUCCCCCUGAGGGAGUGCCACAAGCCGAGGUGGAGUGGCAAAGAAACGAGGAUGUGAUCAACCCAGCGAGUGACCCCAAUUUUUUCAUCACCACUGACUACAAUCUUGUCAUCCAAAAAGCCCGGCUGGCGGACACGGGCAACUACACGUGUGUGGCCAAAAACAUCGUUGCUCGCCGCAAAAGCACCUCUGCCACGGUCCUAGUCUAUGUGGACGGAGGCUGGAGCGAGUGGAGCAAGUGGUCGGCUUGCGGUGCCGACUGUUCGAUGUGGAGGACCAGGGAGUGCACCCAGCCCUCACCUGGCACCGGGGGCAAAGACUGCCAGGGGCUCGACCUCCAGUCUCUCAACUGUACCAGCGAGCAGUGCCCACAGACCGUGAGCGGGGCCGAGGACGUGGCGCUCUACGUGGGCAUGGUGGCGGUGGCACUGUGUCUGACACUGCUGCUCAUCGUGGUGGUCCUGGUCUACCGGCGCAAGAAGGAGGACCUAGAUGCUGACGUGGCAGACUCCUCCAUCCUCACCACUGGCUUCCAGCCCAUGGGCAUCAAGCCCAGUAAGCCAGAGAAUUCCCAUUUGCUCACCAUCCAGCCUGAUCUAACCACCACCACCACCAGUUACCAGGGUACCCUACGCUCUCGCCACGACACCACUGGGAAGUUUUCAAUGACCAACGGGCCUCUGCUGGACCCGCUUCCGAACGGCUCGCACACUCUGCACAACGGCAAACUUAACUCAGACCAGGCUGAGUUUGUGAGCAGGCUGUCCACUCAGAGCUACUUUAAAACUCUGCCCCGCGAUGUAGCUAACUCCUCCUAUGGCACCUUCAACUUCCUGGGAGGCAGGCUGACUAUCCCCAGCACAGGAAUCAGUCUGCUCAUUCCUCCCGAGGCCAUCCCCAGAGGAAAGAUCUAUGAGAUUUAUCUCACUGUUCAGAGGAAGGAAGAUUUAAGGUUACCCCUGGCCGGAUGCCAGACCCUGCUCAGCCCUGUUGUGAGUUGUGGCCCUCCAGGGGUGGUCCUGAGCCGGCCAGUUAUCCUCAGCAUGGACCACUGCUCUGACGCAUGCCUCGAUAACUGGGCCGUCCGCCUCAAGAAGCAGAACUAUGAGGGCACUUGGGAGGACGUCCUGCUGAUGGGGGAGGAGCUGGUGUCUGAGCCCUAUUACUGCCAGCUCGAGGCUGAGACGUGCCGGCUUUUCUCGGAGCAGCUGGGCACCCUCGCCCUGGUGGGAGAGUCCCUGCACAUGGGCGCUGCCAAGCGCCUGAGGCUGGUGCUCUUCUCCGACGCGUACUGCUCCACGCUGGAGUACAACAUCAGGGUCUACUGCAUGGAUGACACACAAGACGUUUUCAAGGAGGUGAUGCAGAUGGAGCGGCAGCUCGGGGGUCGGCUGAUUGACGAGCCUCACGUCCUGCUUUUCAAAGACAGCUACCACAACCUGCGCCUGUCCAUCCAUGACAUGCCCCAGGCGCACUGGAGGAGCAAGCUGCUAGCUGGCUACCAGGAGAUCCCAUUCUACCACAUCUGGAACGGUUCCCAGCGGUACCUGCACUGCACGUUCACUCUGGAGCGGCUCAGCCUCAGCACCUGCGAGCUCACCUGCCAGCUGUGCGUGUGGCAGGUGGAGGGAGAGGGGCAGAGCUUUAGCCUUGACUUUAAUAUUGCCAAGGACACCCGAGCUGUGGACUCUGAGUUUCUGCUAAUGGACAGUAACGCUACAGCUCUGGCAGGGCCCAGCGCCUUUCAGAUCCCGUACCUCAUCAGGCAGAAGAUCUGCAGCAGCCUGGACGCCCCCUGUCCCAACGGAGCCGACUGGAGAAUGCUAGCACAAAGACUUAAACUAGAGAGACACAUGAGUUUCUUUGCAUCCAAAGCAAGCCCAACCUCUAUGAUCCUGGACCUGUGGGAGGCCCAACAUUUCCACAGCGGCAACAUCAACCAGCUGGCCACGGUCAUGGCUGACAUUGGCAAACAAGAAGCCAUGAUAUUUCUGGUCUCUGAUGGCGAGUGCUAACCCAGAAAACGGGGAGAGACUGGUGCAGAGGAAAAGUACAGAACACAACAACACACACACACAAAAACAACACACUUACAGCAGCAGGAAUCGAAGAGCAGAGCUGUCCCCAUGUCCCUCUUCUUCACUUAAUAAGAUGUAAGGGUUUAUGUAGGAUUGAAUCCCUAUAUCCCACCGAAGAGAGUAAAGCUCUUUAAAUGACAGACCAAAUGAGAGUUUGGGUGUGUGGGGAAAUGUAUUCAUGAACUCAGUAAAGAAAAAUACCCUUUAUUUUCCAUCAAAGUUUGAAGUUAAAUUAGUCCACAUCCCCGUUUUACUUUAAAGAUAACAUUAAAUUAACUUCAUGCCUUUUAUAUUAAUAGGCCAUUUAUGGCUUGUAAGGAGCAAUAUGCAAACGUAAUGAUAUUACUGAUGGCCAAUAUUGAAAAUUCAAUGAAUAAUUUUUGAACUUGGAUUAAAUAUUAAAUAUAUAAGGAUGCGACAAAAGGUGCCAGUCAUUUCAGGUUAAAGAGAACAGGCGACAUAUGCAAUUGGCAGGUUCGUUAUAUGACAUUAUCUCAGACACUGAACACGUUCUCAUCAGGGUCUGUGGACGUCCCCUAAACCCAGUGAGACUAUAAAGGUCCAUGUCUUUUCUGUUUCAUUGUCCAUUUCUUAAAACACACACAGACAGCUUGUAGCAGAUCCUGGACUUGCAGGUUUUAAAUAGAUUGUAUGUCAGAGGCCCAAAAACCUGUCUGAUCCUGUUUGUUUUUUAGUCCAGCCGGUAUCACUACUGUGAAUGUAACAUCUUGACAUCUUGAUUCAGCGAGACGCUUCACAGCUUCUAAAUCAAUAUAUGUGGGGUUUGGCUUCUUUGAACUUUUUUGAGGCAGGAGUGAGUAAUAUCUUCACUAAAGUCAUAUCUCAGAAGCCAUUUUUAUUCAAAGCCCGUGAUUUUGAUCCGUCCAGUUUAUUUCUCGUCUUGUAUUACCCUAAUCGUUCAUUGUGGCGUUUUUCCUGUUUCAAAUUCCUCCCCUAAUGAAGGGCCGAAAGGCAUUCGAGCUGCAUAUAUGUGAACACUGAAUGUCGCCGAAAUUCAUUUUCUGAAAUGACAUUUCCCCCCUGAUUACAUUAAUGCUGUAGCUGAGAAGUUGUCAAACAUAAAGCAAGGCCGAAAGGGUUAUUAUCCUAUAUGAUUAAUGCAGAACACUUUCCCCACAUAAAAUCUGACAACAAAUUCUUCAAAUCCUCACCAGAUUACCAACAAUGAAAGGGUAGUUGUGGGGCUUUGUUUUUAUCAUCUAUACAGCAAUGUUGGUGGGAAUUCUAUAUUUGCUGUGUGGCAAACAGUAAUUUCCACAUCAAAGAAAAACGCCUGUCUCUCAGAGAAAGUUAAGUCUUUCAUGCAUAAUGUCACGCCUCUGCUCACAAAAGAUGCUUUGAAAGGUUUUUUUUCCUUUUUGUUAUUUCUAGCCAGGAUGGCAAAAAUUAUCCAGCAGAUUUAUGCAACAAACCAUAAACUGCAACUAAGCAUUUGAUUAUUAUAUUUUUGCUAAUUUGCAUUAAAGGGAAAAUUUGCCACCUUUUAUGUGGAUGUCCAAUAAGUGCUGAUGGUAAAUGUAGUCCUCUGAAGAAAAUAUAUUACCAAGCGUAUUCUAAAUUGACCGGUUGUGCCUAAAUGUCCCAGGAUGAAUUAACUCACAAAAUGUCAAUGGAGGACAUAUACUUACACCUUAACAUAAAAAUACAACCGUACACAUACCUUACACCGAACUAAGACUAAGGCUAAAUUGACUUGCUAACAGACUUAAUUCAAACUGGACAGAAAUCUAAUCAAAUUCACCAAAUCCAUAAGUCAGUUUUUAAGUCGUUAGUUUUUCCCAUCUUCCAACAAUCAGUUUCUCUGGUUUGGUAGAAAUAAAUCCCUAAUUCACAAAGUAAGAUGUGAAAAUAUGCUGACUCUACACGCAGUUUUCACCCUGCUGCACCGCUUCAGCAACUCGUCGUCAUUCAGAGAGCUUUGAAUUAGCAAAGAGUGACAACCAAGACCAGCAGGGCAAUUUUUUGUCUUUUCCAGUUUUUAUCUUCCCUCUAUGAACCCGAAGAGGGUUUCCAGCACACCUCUGUCUGAGUGAGGAGGAAAACUAACAUGCAUAGUAACGCACACGUGUCUAGCUCUCUGGGGGUUGUCGUCAGCGACGGCAUUCAACAAAAACUGCCCAAUACUGACAUUCAUUACUGCAGAUUCUGGAGGGUCCCCGCUGGCCAUAUCCUCUCCUCUGCAGUCAGCAAAAACACUGUAAAACCUACACGGUAAAAAAAUCAUUUAUAUUUUGGGAUGCCAUUUUCGCUGUUGGAAACGUAGGAGAACAAGGAUGUUUUUGAGCGGCAUAAUGCCCCACAGCUACCAAAGCUGAAGUAGCACUCCGUAGUUCUUUCUUGCCUCUAACGACGUCACUGCCACAUCACUUAAUGCAGAGAACAGAUUUUGCGGCUGCGACUCAGAGACACAUUUGACCUUCAAGUGUUUUUCACACUAUAUCCCUGACUCGGAUACAUAAAGAUAAGUUUGAAAAUCGGCAAAUUUUCCCUUUAAUUUACACAGUUGUUUUUUUUUAUUUUUAUUAAUGGCUUUGUAAGGUCUGGCAACAAAAAUAAUACACAGAUUAUUAUUAGAAGUCCAAUGUUCAGUAAUUGUACAUUGAAAAAGGUGUGAGCAAUCCCAAACUAGCCAUAGUUCUCUCUGUGUCUGCCUCAGGGUUGCAUGUGAAGAUGUCUGUUAAAGUUGUAAAGAGGGCCCUUCUCAUUAAAUCCCUCCCUAUUCAAAAAGCUAGCACCGCCCAUCCUACCAGCUCCUGCGGCUUCAACCUUUAACACUAACUGGAGCCUCUUUUAUGAUUGUCAGAUAUUUGGAAUGUACAUUUAUGUUUCCUUGUAGUGGGGGAAAAAUGUCUCUCUCAUUUCCUUUUUUUAAGUCUUGGAAGUUGUUUUUGUGUGGCAUUUCAGCACCUGUCAGCUCUCUUUCAUCCCUAAACACGCCUCCUCUUGACCAACAAGUUUUUACAAGCCCCCGUACCAUUUGAUUCAGAGAUGCCAUGAGACAAAAUUCCACCUUUUUUAAUUAACUUUAAAAAAAACCUGGGAUCAAGCCCCUUUAGGACAAAAUGGCGAUAUCACCCUAACUCAAUCUUUUCAUGUUGAAAUGGAUCCUCGUCACAUGUAAAUACUUUUUCUAUACCAGCCGUGUGCUGUCACUUUGCAUACUGUAUAUGAGCAGAAUUGGUAACCAAAGUUUUAUGAAUAUCAUUUGAGGCCACUACAUACUCGUAUUGUAUCCAUUGAAUAUUGUUUCAGCAUUGUUUUUACUUGCAGCUUAGUAUAGAAUAAGUCAGAGUUGCUGUCUCUUCUAAACUGCGGACUUAAAGUCCAAAUCAUUUCUUUAUCUCAUUUCCUCAUUUUUGUCUUUGAGACAAGUUAACGCUGCUUGGUCAAGCAGUGAUAUGUGUUGGUUUAUCACUUUGUAAAGAAAUGUAAAUUAUAUUUUAAUAUGAAGCCAAAAAAAGACACAUAACUGGCGCAGCAAUUGUCAAGUCUAAACCGUGACGUGUUUGCCUAUAUACUGUUCUUUGGCGAUCUAGCAGUGAAGACUUUUUGCAGUGUUAAGGGUUUAGAGACUGUUUUGCAGGAAGUUUCUAUACAUAUUUUGUUCAUCCUUACUCUGCAUAUGUCUACCUGAUUAUUUCUCUAAGUGUAAGCAGCAUUUAAAUACAAAGUGGAAAUAGUCACUAAUGCUUAAAGUGAAUCACUGCACUGGGACUGUGUGGAGGCUGAUUGGGGAAAGAGGACAUCAGUUGUUGGACACUGACAAGCCAGUGUUGACGCAGCACGUUUAGAUGAGCCAUGGCAGUUGUACAGUCAGACUGUGUGUGUGUGAAAUGUUAUCAGCCCCGUCAUUGUCUUGGAUGUGUUGUCGAAGCACUUUUCAGUAAUGUAAUUCACCAGCCGCCAUGAUGUUCAGCAUCUAUCUUCACAUCUAACUUGUCCAACAAAAUCUAACAAAUCUGCAAUUACUGUGUCUGUGAUGAAUACAGUUCCUUCAUGAUGAAGUCUGGGCCUGGUAGUUGUGUAAGACUUGUGUCAGUAAAACACGCGCUUUGUUCAAGGGUUUAUAGGUUUAUCCCAAAGUUAUGGGGGAAAUUGUUUCAUCUCACAACUGUACUUUCUGUGUCACUCAUUACUAUUCAGUGUCAAGGACGUAUGCGUGUUUGUGACUGUUGGUGUGUGUGCGCGUGUGACUGAGUGUGGGUGUGUGCAUACCUCCCUGUCACAAGAACAAUAGACUUCUGUACUUGUGAAUGGUUUUUCUAUUUAGUUCCUUGAUUCAAUGUUUCUUGCCUUUCUGCAAGUCAAAAAUGCUGUAUUUAUUACAUGCCACAGCGCUUAUGCAAUUGUAUAAUCCUUUUAUUGUUUUAUUGUUGUUUUUUUUUACCUUUUUUGUGUUCCUUAUCGUCAAUGUAAAUUGUUGUCAAAACUUUUGUGGCAAUGGAAAACUUCUUGCUUAAGGAGAUUUUCUGUACUUUUUGGACAAUGAUAUGGAUUUGUGGGUAGAAUUUUGGAAAUUCGUUUCUAAGUGCUUUCAAGUAUUUAC